ACAUGAUGAUGUUAUGUAGCUAGUUAAAUUCCACUAGAACAAAACUUGAUUAGUCCCUUCCCUUGUGGAUGUAGGACUGUGUUGCCAGCCAGUCUACUGGACAACGUAGCCAUUGUCUAGAUUGAACUGCAGAGAUACUCCUUUCAACCUUGACUACAACAUUUCCUGGGCCAUAAGUUUAGUCAAUUUUAAAACUUCAAAUACCAUUGGAUUCCUUCCUUUCAACCUUGACCACAGAAUUUCCGGGGCCGAACUCAACAUAAAUAAACAUGGUAAUUAUAUAAGCACCAUAGACUAUAUAAUAUAGUGUCCUUUAAACUGCCUGAACGUGAUAAGUUAAGAUAUUGUGAAACGGUAUUAAAGUGAAGCAGUUUAUUAGUGUUGUACAUGCAAUGUAUCAAGAAGAGCUGGAACACAUAAAGGCUGCCAUUGCAGAUGAAGGAAAGAAGAGACACACACUCCAAAACCUCGACUGCUUUGUACUGGACAAUUCCAUAAGAGAGAGUACUGUAGGCCAAUUGCGCGGUCACACCAUUGAGAACAAAUGGAAAAUCUACAAUGAAGUGAAGAAAUGCGGCUUUAAGAACAUCAUAGUCGCGGCUUUCUCACAUAUGACACGAGUUGAUGACAUGUUCAUCAAAGAGCUGAUGGAAAAUGGUGAAGAUCCAAGCACACUCUAUGCAUUCUCUGAAGUCACAGCAUGCAUUUCGAAAGGAGUGAUCGACAGAGAAACCAUACCAGUUGGUUUAGCUAAGAUGAAAGAACAUGGGCUAAUAAACCCAAUCAUUGAAGUCGAUCUUGCCAAUAAAUCUGUCAACUGGGAGUCAUGUUCAGUGAAAGAUAUUUGCGAUUUGGUCAUGAAAUGGAUUGAAUGGUCUCGUACUAAUCUUUCAAAGGAUUCCCAAAUUUUCGUCAACUUUAGGGAUUUCCCGAUAGCAAUGACUCAAGUGCCAGAACGUGUACUCGCUACAGUUGACUACUUUGCAUCCCUGCCACAGGAGAAACGAUUGCUGGGUAUCAUUUUCGAGGACCCUACUGGAGACUACUUACCGGAAGAAGUUGGAGCAUGGACAACAGCUGUACGAAAACUGAUGAAUGCCAGGAAAUGGAAUAACGGGCUUUUGCUGGUUCACGUGCACAAGAAGUGGGGACUGGCUGAAACUGUACAACUGGAGAGCUUAUCCUGUGGAGCUGAUGGUAUUUGGGCCAGUCUAGCUGAAGAGGGAGCAGCCAUGGGCCAUGCUUGCUCAUCCAUCACCCUGACGAAUUUAAUUCGAAUGGGAAACAAAAAAGUACUUGAGCGAUAUAACUGCACCUAUCUGCGAAAAGCUGCAAUAGCUGUUACUAAUAUCACUACUGGUGAUGACCCUCACCCUAAGCAGGUGGUGUACGGGGAGAGAGCUUUAGAUAUUAGUUUUGAUUUUGGUGGUAUCGCUGGGGGCCGUGUGGGAAAAGGUGAAUUCGAUAUUGCGAAAUUCUUUGGUGAGAAACCACCGGUUAGAAUCAGCACACUUGCUUCAACUGCCAUGAUUAUCACUCGGCUCAAAGAGCUGUUUGGAAGCAAUCCACAAUUCAACGAGCAGAUAGCUGAAAAGAUGAAAGAAGUUAUGCUGGAAGAUCUCCGUAGCAACAGGAAGGAAGAGUACAUGAGUGAAGCAGGCCUGGGUGUGUUGUUUGAUCGAUCUGGAGGGAAACUAACGAAGAAGAUGGGAGAUGUAAUUGCUGACAUGGAAGCAGGAACAGAUUUUGAGAAACUCCUGGUUGCGGAAGUCAAAGAGAGAUGGGACACAUGGGACCUUCAAGACGAGGUACAGGGGGAUGAUGCCAUGCAGUUCGACUCAUUCUACAAUGGCUUCAUGGCACCCUACUUUGGUUGUUUCAAAUGCGACGAUACUAUGGCAGGACUAAAGGCAAUAGACAUGGAUAAUGAUGGGUUGGUCGAAUGGAAGGAAUUCCUUGCCUAUCUGAAGUGGGCUAUUCGCGAAUAUAAGGUCAAGACUGCUGAUGAGCUGUUGUCGAUCACAUUUCGUAAAGGAAUCAUUCCUGCUAUGCGUGAUGAACUAUGUCAGUCUGAAAAGAUUGCUGUCUGGAAAUUAGUAGCUUAAUUAGAUCUAUAGUAAUGUUGUACAUGAACAUAAUUUUUAUUGUAUUGUGAACUUAUAUACUGAGCUACACAAUUAACUACUCUCUUUUUGCCGUAUGUACUUAUAAGUAAUGUUUAUAAUUAUUUGACUACACCAAAACAUCAUUAUAAUUUUAUACCCCGACAGAUGUAA